UGUCUCCACCCAGUCUUAGGGUGGAUUCCAUACCCACCCCUUAUCCUGCACUCCUUUCUCCACCCCUUAGACCCCCGCCCCUUACCCCCCUUUGUCUUGUCUGUUUAAAAAGAAGGGGGAUAGUUCACAUUGUUCAAAUUGAACAUCUACAGGUCAUCCAUCCCCUCCAAAGACAGAGAGAGAGAGAGAGAGAGAGAGAGAGACAGAGAGAGAGAGAGAGAGAGAGAGCACAAGUCACGUACAGACAUCGUUGCAAGACUGUAUCUGGAUUUCCUCUGUGCCUUGAUUCUCAAGAUCUAAAAUUGGUGCUUGAGGAAAGAAGAGAAGAGGAGCGCGCUGUUAUCUAUCAAAGAAGUCGCAUCAACAUGAGAUUCUUCCAUCCGCUCUUCAUCCUCUUGCUCCUACUCACGGUGCUGAUGCUCGUCUGCGCACAGAAACCAGAUUUUCUGAAUUUGCGGCGUAAAUACAGGAGACAUCACUGUCCACACAAGCGCUGCCUGCCUUUACACUCCAGAGUCCCUUUUCCCUGAGGUUAUCUGACGCUGUCCAUAAAAGCGAUGAAGGAUGAAUGUAUGUUUUGUGUCAAAACAUCUAAAGAGUGCUGGAGCAGACAAGUUGUACUUGAAGACAACCAAAGUCCAACUGCUUUUUCAGCAGAGCGAAUGACACACAACUAUGCAGUCAAGAAGUUCACACUCAGCUAGACGGCACCAAAUAUAAGGAUCUCUUUGGGAUCAUGUGACAAAGUUAUGAGAUAUUUGCGAGCCCAUUCUUGUGUUGGCUCAAACGCUGUAGAAAAGGAAAUGUAUAUGGAAAUUGAGUUUCUUUAUGUACAGUAUAUAUGCGAGUGAGUGAGUGUGCGUGUGCAGGACAGCAUUUAAAUCUUUUCAGGCAAUCACUGACUGGAACACAAGUAGUUUAACAAUAACUCCAAUCAUGUCCAACCACUGAAUAUCUAAAUCAUUGUAAAUAGCAUGAAAUGUGUUUAUAUGCAAGUUAUAUGCACUUCAAAUGUUUUAUUAUUCUUAUUAAAUAAAAUGUA